AUGUCAACUACACCCACAACAUCAACAACAAUAACGACAAAAAAGGAGAAAAAUGAAGAACAAUUUGAACUUGAACAACAAUUUGUUCUUCGAAUGCCACCAGGUGAAUAUGCAACACGUUUACGUGAAUUAAUUGAUUCUGGUGAUGAAAAAAUUCGUGAACGUCUUUUUAUUGAUUUAAAACCUGAACGAAGACGUGGUCGUGUUAAAUUUGAUGAUACUGUUUUUAAAGCUACUCUUUAUGAUUUACCAUGUAUAACAGAAACAUAUAAAACAUUUGAUCGAAAAACUUUAUAUAAAAUAGCUGAUAUUGCUCAAAUUCUUGUUUGUCGAUUACCGGGUGAUCUUAGUUCAAGUGAUGAUGAUGAUGAUGAUGACGAAACAAUGAAACGAUCAAAUACAAAUGCGACAACAAUAUCUGAUGGUGGAAAUGAGAAAAAAAAGAAAGAAAAAGAUAAAGAAAAAAAAUUUCAAUGGCCACAUGGAUUAACACCACCAUUAAAAAAUGUACGAAAACGUCGUUUUCGUAAAGUAGCUCGACAAAAAACUCAAGAUCGAGAUGAAAUGGAACAAGAAGUAAGACGUUUAUUUCGAGCUGACAAUGAAGCAAUUGAUGUUAAAUGGGAAGUGAUUGAUGAUGAUCAAGAAAUAGAAGUUAAUAAACCAAUACAAAAAGAUCCACUUGAACAUACUGAUCUAUUUGGUGGUGCUGUUAGUGAAUCAGAUGAAGAAGAAACGUCACAAAAAGGUUUUGUAAUAGAUUUAUUUAUUUCAAAUAAAAGUUAG